UAUGUUGCGAGUCCGGAAGUGUCACAUCACCCUUCAAUUACGAAGUGCCAACACUAAACCAGUCUCUAGCAAAAUUUAUUAGCCAAAUUCAUUAUUUGUGUGUAAAGUGUGUGCAUAACUGAGUCAAAUAAGUUGCUAGAAAAAUGUUUAUUUGGGACUGGUUUACUGGUGUUUUAGGAUAUCUAGGUUUAUCAAAACGCAAGGGCAGAUAUGUGUUCCUGGGGGCACCUGGAUCAGGCAAAGCAUCCCUGAUCAAGCUAUUGUAUGAAGAUGGGAUAAUAGAUCAUUUGCCCUACGCAGACAGACUGCUCCCACAGUCAGAGGCUUCUGAGGAGUUGUCCAUAGGAAACAUGAGAUUCACCACAUUUGAUUUAGGUGGUCACUCGCAAGCUCGUAGAGUGUGGAAGGACUAUUUCCCAGCAGUGGAUGCCAUCGUUUUCCUGAUAGACGCCAAUGACAGAUCACGCUUCGUCGAAAGCAAACAGGAAUUAGACUCUCUGCUUACUGAUGAGACUUUAUCCAAUUGUCCAGUUCUAAUUCUUGGUAACAAAAUUGAUCUCCCCGGCGCUGCAUCCGAAGACGAACUUAGAAACUUUUAUGCCCUCUUCGGACAGACCACCGGAAAAGGUAAAGUACCUAGAUCAGAUUUGGCCGGCCGUCCCCUCGAACUGUUUAUGUGCUCCAUUCUCAAAAGACAAGGUUAUGGAGAGGGUUUCCGUUGGUUGGCGCAGUAUAUUGAUUGAAGAGCCACCAAAACUCAAUGAAUAAAUAUCCAAAACAAUACAACUUGUUUAUCAGGACUGUUGUGUUACAAACUUGUGUAUAAACAAAAUAGUUAAUGAAACCUUAUAGGUAAUGUUUUUGUUAUAUUUAUUUUAGUGUCAAGUGUCUAAAAAGUUAUUUUUUUAAGUAUUUGUAUAAUUUAAAAAGUGAAAUCUGUAAUAUACUGCUCUAAGUUAUUUUCAUACACCACUCAAGAAUUAUCUAUAAUGUUUCAUAAAUGUAAACAUAAACUUUUAAUUUAUAAUAAAGCUUUCAAAACAGGUGUUGUGUAACUUUUUAUGUGGGACUGAACGUUGGUUUUAUAGUUUUUUUUAUCUUUCCAUAGUCUUUGUUGCAUUUUACUUUGUAGUUGCAAACAAAAGGUUCGUUUUCAAUAAAAUUUCAGUGAAUACACAAUGUCGCCUAUUACUCUAACGGUUUAGUGUAAAUUGUCAUAAAGUAAAAAAUCCGUUUUGUUAAUAAAAUUGCUUUAUAUACAA